CGCUGUUGGGUGCGCUGAGUGGGCGUGUGUGGGACGGCAAAGAGCAGAUCCUAUUGGCUCUGGGCUGUCUGUGUAAGAGUCGGAAGGAUCUGAUCACCUCGGAGGUUUACGACAACAUUAUCUCUCUGUUGCUGAAAGAGGCCGGGCGCAAGACGAUCAAGUACAAGAUCAACGCUAUCGAAGCGCUGGCG